AAAAUAAAUAAAUAAAUAAAGUCAGUUGUUCUUGUUGUGGGAGGAUAAUAAAAAAAAAUAUUAAUAAUAUCCUUCAAUUUAUAUGAGUCAUAAUAAAUAUUCAACGAAAGCUUAUAAUCAUUAAAUAUUACAUGUACUAUUUUUAUUGACAACGAUUAUAUUUUAUAUACUAUUUGUUUCUUUUGAAGAUAAUAUAUAUUAAAACUUUAAAAUCUGUCAAAUUGUAUUAUUCAUAUUUAAUAUGGAAUUAUUUCGAAGUGACACACAUUUUAUAUUUGUUCAAGAAAGACAUAAUCUUUGGUGUGACAGAAUAACUGGUGAAUUAUCAGCAAAAUCAGAUUGGGAAUGGGCAUCAGCAAGUAAUUUAGAAUGUCUUGGUAUAUUUUAUGGUAUUAUUGGAAAAAUUGAACAGUCAUCAUUUAUGGAACCACGAAUAAUGUUGAUUAAAGAAGUAACAAAUAUUGGAGAAUUACAUGGUAAUAAAAUUAUUUAUAAAAUUAAAUCAGUUGGAUUUUUAAAUAUUGGAGCUGAUAAUAAUGAUUUAAAUUUAACACCAUGUAAAAAACAUGGUGAUAUAUCAAAAUUAACAUCAACAUCAUCAUCAUUAAUUGGUGGUGGUGGUGGUUUAUUUGAAACACAACAAAAAACAGGUCUUGCUAAAACUUGGGGUAAUUUUAAAAGCAUGACAAAUACUAUUAAAAAUACAACACAACAUGCUGCUGCAAUAGCAACAUCACAAGUUAAAUCAACAGUUAUUAAACGUUCAAAUAAUAAUUUAAAAGAUAGAGAAAAAUUUGAAAAAAGAAUUAUUGAUGAAUUGACGAAAAUAUUUGGUGAAACUGAUUCAUUUUUUUUUUGUCAAACUGGUGAUAUUACAAAUUCAUUACAAAGAUUAAAAAACAUGAAAAUUAAUGAUGAUUCAAUUGAUGAUAAGCCAAUUUGGAAAAUUGUUGAUGAUAGAUUUUUUUGGAAUAAACACAUGUUAAAAGACAUCAUAAAUUUAAAUAAUGAGGCUGCAAAUCAUUGGAUAUUACCAAUAAUUCAAGGCUACAUACAAAUUGAAAAAUGCAAAGUAGAAGUUGGUUUUGAUGGUCAAGCAAUUUAUGAGACAUUUAAUCUUGCAAUAAUAUCAAGAAGAAGUAGAUUUCGUGCUGGUACAAGAUACAAAAGAAGAGGUGUUGAUGAUGAUGGUAAAUGUGCAAAUUAUGUUGAGACUGAACAAUUGGUAUGGUAUCAUGAUCAUCAGGUGUCAUUUGUACAAGUACGUGGUAGUGUACCAGUAUAUUGGUCACAGCCUGGAUAUAAAUAUAAACCACCACCUCGUAUUGAUAAAGAUGAAGCAGAAACUCAAAUUGCAUUUGAAAAACAUUUUCAAGAAGAAUUAUCAUGUUAUGGUCCAAUUUGUAUUAUUAAUUUAGUUGAACAAAGUGGAAAAGAAAAAAUUAUUUGGGAUGCAUAUAAUAAUCAUGUUAUUAAUUAUAAUAAUCCAAAUAUUACAUAUACAACAUUUGAUUUUCAUGAAUAUUGUCGUGGUAUGCAUUUUGAAAAUCUUCAAAUUCUUGUUAAUGCACUUGCUGGUGUACUUGGUGAAAUGGGUUAUUGUUGGUAUGAUAAUCAAGGACCAAUAUGUACACAAAAAAGUGUAUUUAGAAUAAAUUGUAUUGAUUGUUUGGAUAGAACAAAUGUCGUACAAACAGCUCUUGGUAAAACAGUUAUGGAAAUGCAAUUUUCAAAGCUAGGCCUUAUUCCACCUGAUGGAACACUACCAACUGAUAUUCGUCAAACAUUUCAGCUACUUUGGGCAAAUAAUGGUGAUAUUAUAAGUAAACAAUAUGCUGGAACAAAUGCACUUAAAGGUGAUUAUACAAGAACUGGAGAAAGAAAAUUUAGUGGUUUAAUGAAAGAUGGUGUUAAUUCAGCAAAUAGGUAUUAUUUAAAUCGUUUUAAAGAUGUUUAUCGUCAAGCUAGUAUUGAUUUAAUGCUUGGUCAUUCAAUAAAUGAAGAUAUAUUUCAUGAAAAAACAGAAGAAGAAGAUAAUUCAGCAACAGCAUUUCAUGUUAAAUUACUUAUUGAAGAUUGUAAAAAAUUAUUAAUACCAGAUCCAGAUGUUAUACUUGGAAGUUGGGGUUUAAUUGAUGCUGAUCCAGUAACUGGUGAUCCAAAUGAAACUGAAAUGGAUACAAUAUUAAUAUUAACAAAAGAUAGUUAUUAUGUAGCUGAUUAUGAUGAUCAAAUUGAUAAAGUUACAAAUUAUCAAAAAGUACUAUUACAUGAUCUUGUUAUGAUUGAAUUUGGACAACCAGAAAAUAAUUUUGCAUUAUUUAAAAAUAAACAACAUCAUUGUAUAAGAAUUAAUUAUAAAAUUUCAAAUGAAUAUGGAUAUUUUCAUAUGUUUAGAAGUACAAAUUUAAGAUUUUUUAAUAAUAUGGCUGUUGUUAUUAAAAAUGAUGAAGAAACAAUUGAAUCAAUGAAAGCAAUUUGUGAAGCAUUUACAGUUGCUAUUGAAAUAUCUGGUAUGACUAAAAUACCAAUGUCAAUUAAUGUACCAUUGGAUAAAAGAACAAGUAAAGUAGUCAAAGAAAAAGGCUCAACUGGGCUAUUGGAUGUUUCAUCAUUUCCUCAAUUAACAAGAAAUCUUUCAGAAACACAAUUGUUGGCAUUAAAAAGUGCAGGUUCAAAAGCACUUGAACAAUUUAGUAAAUUAAAUAAACUAAGCAGUACUUUUGGUGGAUCAAAAAAAGAUAAAUGUCAAAAACCAAAAUUUACAAUGGGAAAUACUGAAAUAUCAAAACAACAAAAUGAUGAAGAUGACGAAGAUGAUAAUGACAGUAUUGACAGUAGUUUUUGUCCUCUAGAAUACUCUGGUGAAAUUGAAAAAAAUCCAGAUAAAAUAAUUCAACAUGUAGAAGUUGCAAUUGAUGGAUUAAAUUUUAUUUCAACAACAUCAUCAUCAACACAAGGUCAGCUUGAAAGAAAAACAACACCAGAAAUAACAAUUCAAGAUGUUACAUUUACUGAUGUUGAUGGUGAUGCUGUUGAUGCUGCUGCUGCUGAUGAUGAUGAUAAAAAAAAAGAAAGAAUUAAAUCACCACCAUCAACAUUAAAUCUCAUUAAAAAUAUAAGUCAUUCAUCAAGUGAAGUUGAUGGUAAUAAUUCAAUAAAAGUUGAUGAAUGUGGACAAAAAAAAAGAAGUUGUUCACAGCAUGAUUUAAUUGUUAAUAAUAUGACAACUUCACAUAGUGAAUCUGCUAUUAAAUUUAACUCAAAUAGUCUUGCUAGUCCUCAAUCUGUUGCAAAUACAACCAAAGAAAUUCUUUCUCCAUUUUCAAAAUUUGCCAAAGGUGUACAAACAUUUGGAGCUAAUUUAGAUCCACGUAAAUUAAAAAGUGGACAAAUUUCUGUUGGUAAACCACUUUCUGAUCAACAUAUUAAUCAGAGACAAAAACUUAUUGAACGUUGGACAAAUUGCAAAUCAAUUUUAAUUGCAUUGUAAAUUUAUUUAUUUAUUUUAAUAAAUAAAUAAAUAAAUAAUAGCUUAAAUUAUUAAAUAAAAAUAGAUGAAAAUAUAUCGUUAGUCAAUUAUGUACAUAAAAAUAUAAAUUGUUUAGAAUAUAAUCAACGGUAGAUUGUCUAAUCUAUAAAAUGAAAAAUUAGUAAAAGUUAUCAAAUAAUAAGACAGUCAAUAUUAUCAUAUAAAUUAAUUACAUAUACCUACACAAUUGAUGAAGUAUUCAUAUGGGUAGCAAAUAUUUAUGAUGUGUCUCUGUUAAAAAACCAACAAGUAUUUCAAUUUAUUUUUUGACAAAAAAGUCUUUGCAGUAUUUUAUAUAUAAUUUUUAUCUUUUAUUGAAAAUUUCGAAUGUCGACAUUGAUAUAUUUUUUAAAAUUAUAUUAUUUUUAAAAUUAUUAUAUACUUGAAAAAGAAGACAUAUAUUAUAUCAAACACAUGUUCAAGAAUUAUUAUUAUAUAAAAAAAAAAAAAAUGUAAUUUUCUUUUUCAGUCGAUCUUAUACGAUUUGUAUUCCUUUCUUUCAAUGUAAUAAAUAAAUUUUAUUUAUAUUAAAAAACAA